AAGAAGCUCCAAGUUCCCGGCUUCUUGGUCUUGGGCUACUUUGAUUCCUUCCCGCCUUUCCGGCGGUCGUGUCGCGCGUGUUCCGUCCGCGCAUUAUAUUCAUACGAUUCUCCGGGUCGGUCAAGUGUACUUUCCAGGCUCUUUGGAGCACUUCGAUUCUCUUUGGCUGUCAAUUUCAGUCAAGAACAGGCGGCUACGUCAUCGCUUGACUGCGUCAGCAGUCGCUCUUUGCACAAAACUCUUUGUUUUGCUUCCCACUCUUUUCUCAGAUUUUGUUUUGCUUCGGCCUUCUGCCAUCGGACGACAUGAACAGCGAUUUCGCUAAGAUCGCAGCCUGGAAAGGCUUAGUUUUGGAUGAAGAACUUUCCAGUUAUGGUGUGCUGAAUGUGGUGGCCGGCAGUGAUGGUCCGCCCCUGCAGGCCUUCCGGUGCAGCAACCCCUUCGACGAGUCCAAUGAGAAGAGCUCAUCUCAGCAGGACUUGGAACGGGAUCGGGAUGCCAACCAGACGCCGCUGCACAUGUUGCGGCGGGCCAGCGAAACGGUGACCGCCAGCAUCCUGGAGCCCGAGAAGGAGCUGCUCUUGGGCGAGCGGCCACAGGUUCCGCCCCGUGCCCACGGACCUUCGGCACCGAAUACCUCUGGAGCUAAGCGCAGCAGACAGCAGCCAAAUCAGUGCAGCAACAAGGGCCCAGGUGACAACAUGACACAAGGAUCAAGCAACGGCAGUGCAGCGCCGCAGGACUCCCAAGGCGACAUCCUGCCCACCCGCCCGCUGCAUACCAAAUUAGACAUACAGAAAAUCCCGGAGGACGCGGCCGACGCCACACAAAACGCUGCAACAAUAAUUUUAACGCCGACAUCAUUAAAUUUAACAAAUACAACACAAAAUGUUGCCGCCAACAAUGCGGGCAACUCCGUCUCCGACUCCGGUUAUCCACCUCCAACUGCAACUCCGGGCGGAGUCCGUGGCGACGAGUACAAAGGGCCCAAAUGGUGGCUUCACUUUCGGUCGCAUUGGGUGAACAUUUCGGAGCAAGUGGCCCUGCUGGCCAUUUUCCUGGGCCUGUGGGCCAUGGCCUGGGUUCUGCUGCCGGAAUACUCACAGCCACAGACCGUCAUCAUGCGCAUUGCAUUCCUGUUCGUUGGCGCCCAGAUCUUCGGCAUCCUGGUGACCUUUGUGCAUCUGCCCGACAUGCUGGGCAUGCUCUUCUUCGGCGUGCUCUAUGCCAACCUGGGACUGGCCAACUUUGAGGGGUACCAGAAGUUCGAGCUGUUUUUGAGGGAAAUGGCCCUGAUCAACAUCAUGCUGCUGGCUGGCCUGGGCCUGGACGGAGAUGCCUUCAAGCGGCUAUGGUUCAUGAUACUGCGGCUCACCCUGCUGCCCACAAUUGUCGAGGUGGCGGCCAUCGCCGGACUGGCCUACCUCACCCUCUCGAUGCCAUGGCUGUGGGGCAUCGCCUUGGGCCUGGUCAUCACCGCCGUCUCCCCGAAUGUGGUCGUCACCGUGAUGCUGAAGCUGAAGGAGGAUCGCCUCGGCCUGAACAGCGGCAUCCACACGCUCAUCUACGCCAUGACCACAUGCAACGAUGUGGUGGCCAUCUUCAUGUUCGGCGUGAUAAUCAGCGUAAUAUUCUCAACGACCUCGCUCACCCAGCAAGUGCUGCAGGGUCCCAUUGGCAUCGGGAUUGGACUCGUUUUUGGCUUUCUCUACGGCUCGAUGCUCCAGUUCUUGCCGUCUCGCAACGCGACGUACGCAAAUGGGCUCCGUUUCGUCCUGACCGUCUUGGGCGGCACCAUCGCCGUGAUGGGCAGCCGCGUCAUCGGUUAUACUUCAGCCGGCGCCCUGGGUUGUGUAACGACCGCCUUUAUUGCGAGGAUUGGCUGGCGGCGGGAGGAGGCCAGGCUGACGGCCCAGCAGCUGCAGGCCCAGCAAAUUGCGAGUGUGCCCAAGCGUCUGGACCUCAUGUGGAAGUUCCUCAAGCCCGUCUCGUUUGCGCUCAUUGGCAAGGAAAUUAAUUUCAACGUGCUGCAGGGCCAUGUAAUCGGUUAUGGCGCUUUGCUGGUGCUCGUCGGAAGUUUGUUUCGCCUGGCUUUUGCAUAUUUAUCCACAUAUGGCGGAAAUCUGUCGAGAAAGGAACGUGCCUACAUUACAAUUUCCGGUUUUCCCAAAGCAACUGUCCAAGCCGCCCUGGGACCAGUGGCUUUGGACUUGGCACGUGCUGCCAGCGUGUCCAGUGCAGAGCAGCUGGCUCUGGCCAGCAAUGUGCUCAUCAUCUCGGUGCUGGCCAUUAUUUUCACCGCACCACUGGGCGCCAUCCUCAUGCUGCGACUGGCGCCAUAUUGGCUCAAACGUGGCGAUGCAGUGGAGGCGGUGGACUCCCCGACCACGCCCACAGUGCCAAGUCCGCUAAACGCCAAUGCCUUCAAGAGGACUUAGCAUAAGGAUGACCCUCGCUUCCGGAGUCGAAAGUUUUAAUCCAAGCCGCACUUACCUAGCCAACGCAGCUGUACUUAUACUUACGUGUACUUAGAGGCAUUCGGCCAUACGCAGUUCAAAUAAAAGUAAAUGCGAAAAGUUGCAAA